UCAGCUAUAUAUAGCAGAUGCCCUUUCUGUUGGUAUACACUGCAGCACAUCGCAUCGGCAGUGGUUAUAGUGUCGCCCCAUAUUACUCUAGCAAGGAUAAACUUCCAUAACGACGAUAUCCGCAUAAAACGACCAGCGGGUGGCACACCUUACAUAUUUCCACGCCUUCAAGCGAACUGUGAAUAAGGCACCAACCACUUCCACCGAUGUUUAAUUGGUAAAUAAUUCGCCACUCCUUCCAGCACCAGAGUUUAUGGGAAACUCCAAGAACAGCAACACCUUGCCAACUUUUACAUAUUCCCGUCGUCUCUAAGCAUUUAAUACCGCAGAAAUGAACGAACUAUUAUAUGGGAUUGGGAAAUUGGGGUUCAGUCUGCGUCUACAAUGCAAAGACACAAGGUGCGAUAAAUUUGAUCCUUUACAUACAGCGAAUGGCGCACCAGACAUAGGCGCAGUCCUGGUAGUUGUGAUAAGGAUCUUGAAUUGGCAGGACAGAAAAAAAAGUAAGGAGUGCAGGAUUGCAUCAACCCACAUAUGAACAAUGGACCAAGAGGCGGAGGCUAUUUUAGAACAUGAAACCGAUCUGAUGGGACUACGAGUUUGGCACUUGUUAUUUUUGUGCCUCGGUUCGGUGUUGGGAGUAGUAAUUAUGCUGUGCUGCUGUUUCCGGUUCCGGAUUCCCCGCACCAAGCAGGACAUCGAAGCGGACUAUCAUCGCAAAAAGCUGACGAAGAAAUUUCGCGAGCGAUUGGACUGUAUGAAUAAUGCCGAAAUCGAUGAGAUGGACUUGAUGAAAGCGCUGGAGCGAGUACGCGAAGAAUGCCUCUUGGAGAAGCAGAAGCAUGUGAUAAAAGAAAUUGACGAAAACGAGGAUAAUCAGUUCAUGAAUGAUGUUUUCGGAAGUGUUUAAAUAUUUGUCUUAUCAAGUCGUCAUUUCCGAAAAACAAUAUUUGAUAAGAUUAUUCGUACAUAUAUGUUGUGAUUACUUAUUUACAAACAACAAAAAAAUCUAUUUUUCAUAUCGUUAUUGUAUUUUUUUUAAAAAGACACAUAACAGAG